GGAACAGUUUUACAUUCUCUGGUCUUGUUUUGAUAGUUCAAUCUUGAACAAGUUUGCAAACAUAUAACACAGGUUUUGAAGAGUCAGACAGAAUUUCAGAAUUUUCCAGAUAAAUCUAGAUCUUUUACUAAAACAAUCUUGAAAUACUCUCUUGCCAUUCACAAUGUCUGACAGAUACAGGCCUCCACCAGCUGGACCACGGUCGAGCAGAGACUUUCAGAGGAAGCCAUCAUUUAAGAGCAGAGAGAGAAAUAGGGAUAGGGAUAGAGACAGGGACAGAGAUAAUAGAGAAAGAGACGUAUACAAGCCGGGAGGAUCACAAAGAGACAGAGAAAGAGAUAUGUAUAGACCUCGCAACGACACGUAUACACCUAAAAAAGGACCAGAUAAUCAUAAGGAUGUUCACAAAGAUACUCCUAAUGAUACACAUAAAGAUGAGCCUUCUUUAGGAUCCAAAAGGGGACCUCCUUCUGGACCCAGUAGUUAUCGGAAGAGAAGAGAAUUAGCGAAAGAAAAGGAGAAAAAAAUUGAACCAUUUAGAGGGAUACCUUCUGGUAGAGGGCCACCUUUAGGACCUCGUGGAGGCAAGAAAGCAGGUGCCACUAAUCAACAACAACAACAACAACCAAAGCCUCCUAAGCAGAAACCUCAAAAGCUCUCCAAGUCUCAGAUAUAUUCGAUCUAUGUUCCUGGUGGAUCGCGUGUUUACCAAAGAACACAGCAAGUAGGCGAGGGAACAUACGGUAAAGUCUAUAAAGCUAAGAAUACCAAGACAAAUGAGUUUGUUGCCUUGAAGAAGUUGCGGUUGGAGUCUGAACGAGAGGGCUUUCCAAUUACGGCCAUGAGAGAAAUCAAGCUUUUGCAAUCGUUUGACCAUCCGAACAUUGUGGGCUUGUUGGAGAUGAUGGUCGAACAGAAUCAGAUCUAUAUGAUCUUUGACUACAUGGACCAUGACUUGACAGGAUUUUUGUCCCAUCCAGAUUUGGUUCUUGAGGAGGGCCAUUGCAAGUAUAUCUUCCAGCAGUUGAUGGAAGGGUUAAACUAUUUACAUAAGAAGAGAGUCAUUCACCGUGACAUCAAGGGUUCCAACAUUUUGUUGGACAGUACCGGCUGUUUGAAGAUUGCUGACUUCGGCUUGGCCAGAACGAUGAAGAUUGUGAAUGACGGUGAGAGUCCCGAUUACACCAACAGAGUGAUCACCAUCUGGUAUAGACCUCCCGAGUUGCUUUUGGGAGCCACUGACUAUGGCAGAGAGGUCGAUAUCUGGGGUGUGGGGUGUCUUUUGAUUGAGCUUUAUACGAAGGUAGCUGCUUUCCAGGGCUUUGAUGAAGUUGGUCAGCUUUGCCGUAUUUUCAAUGUCAUGGGGACUCCUUCUAUUGUAGACUGGCCCGACAUUCAGAAUUUGCCUUGGUUUGAAAUGCUCAAACCAAAAGUUAACGUCGCUUCCAAAUUCAAAGCCAAGUAUGAAUCUGCCAUGUCUCCUGAUGGUUUUGAUUUGGCAUUGAAUUUGCUUCGUUUGAACCCCAAAGCCAGGUUCACAGCCGAACAAGCUUUACAGCACAGGUAUUUUACCGAAGAGCCGUUCCCACUUCCAUUGACUUUCUUGAAAGAUGUAGAAGGUGAAUGGCACGAGUUUGAAACCAAAAAGAGAAGAAGGAAGGAACGUAAGAGACUCCAGGACGAGGCUAAAGCAAAACAGAAUAAGGACAAACAACUGCAGGGCACCGUUGAUGUCGAUGCAUCUCUUCCUGUAAAAUCUGUUCUGGAAGUUCCACUAGAUAUUCCUCAAUCCAGUACCGUCAACACUGUAGAUGUUGGAACAGUUGAGUCCAAUAUUGACUCAGAUAUUGAGAUCGAUGCAGUAGCCACUGAUGAUAAAAUCAGUGAAGAAGCUAAACAUCCAAAAGGCCAAGAAAGUGAUGGUUAUGAACCAUAGUAUAUGUAUGAUGGAAGUAUCAAAGUAAUUGAAUAAUUCACU